AUGACCCUCUCCCCUCCCCCCCCACAGGAGUACUACAUAGCAGAUGCAUCUGAGGACCAAGUGUUCGUGUGCGUGAACCACUUGAACAACGUCACACACCUCUACAUCUCAGACACACAGGGCCUCGCCUUCUCUCUGUCGCUGGAGAACGUGCUGUAUUACAGUCCUGACAGCUCUGGCAGCAACACACUCAUCAGGUAUUUUGCCAAUGAGCCGUUUGCAGACUUGCACCGUGUGGAGGGGCUGAGGGGCGUCUACAUCGCCACGCUCAUCAACGGCUCUGUGAGCGAGGACAACAUGCGAUCCGUCAUCACGUUCGACAAGGGAGGGACGUGGGAGUUGCUUCAGUCGCCUGCUACCGACAGCCUGGGAGGAACCAUAGACUGCCAGCUCAGUAAAGGUUGCUCCCUUCACCUGGCUCAGCGCUGGAGCCAGUUGUUUAACAUCCAGCUAAGGAGAAUACCCAUUUUAUCCAAGGAUUCUGCACCUGGACUUAUUAUGGCCACAGGAUCUGUUGGCAGGAACUUGGCCAACAAACCCAAUGUGUAUGUAUCCAGCAGCGCUGGAGCCCAGUGGAGAGAGGCAUUGGCAGGCCCUCAUUUCUACACCUGGGGUGACCACGGCGGCAUCCUGAUGGCUAUUGCACAAGGAGGCCCCACCACACAACUGAAGUUCAGCACCAAUGAAGGCGAGACGUGGACCGACUUUCGGUUCUCAGAAAAGGAAGUGUACGUUUACCAGCUGCUGACGGAGCCCGGAGAGAAGAGCACCAUCUUCACCAUUUUUGGCUCGUAUGCCGAGCAGAGACACAGCUGGCUCAUCUUGCAGGUCAACACCUCUGACGUUCUGGGCGUGCCUUGUUCUGAGAAGGACUACAAGCACUGGUCCCCAUCCGACGAGCACGGUAAUGAGUGUCUGCUGGGCAGAGAGAUAACGUUCAAAAGGCGAGCGCCUCACGCUACGUGUUUUAACGGAGAGGAUUUUGACCGGCCGGUCACCAUCUCUAACUGCUCCUGCACACGCCAGGACUACGAGUGGUGA